AUGCUGGCGAAACAUACCCAGGGCUGGAGCCCGCAGAUCUGCCUGGGUUUGCAACUGGGCAGUUUGAGACAUUUCCGUGACUACUUCCCCCUCUCGGUGAGGACCUGGGCUGUGGGGUGCUGGGUGCGGUUGGGGCUUCAGAAUAGACUCUUGGGACCACCAUCUCCCAAAGUGCAAUCUCCCCGUUGGGGUGGGGUGCGCCCGUCUGCUCCCCAGCUAGUUAAAACUGCAAAGUUGGGCACCUCCUGGAACUACCUCUUUGACUUCCACCCUCACGGGGUCCUGGUCGUGGGAGCCUUCGCCAACUUCUGCACAGAGCCCACGGGCUGCUCCUGCCUCUUCCCCAAACUCCCACCACACCUGCUCAUGCUGCCUUGUUGGUUCCAUCUCCUCUUCUUCCAGGACUACAUCAUGUCAGGUGCUUCUGCCAUCCCCCCAGGUUUGGUCUCCUUUGUCAAGGUCCCGCUGCCUCAGUGGUGGCCAGGUGGCUGUCCUGGCGUGGGAGGGCCCCUGCAGGCGCUGGAGGCAAAACCCGGACAACUGAGCUUGCCGAUUCGGAAUCAGAAGAGAUUGGUUAAGUCAGCUCUGGAACUCGAGGAGAAUGAGCUCUUCCAGCAGUUGCCGAACCCGCAGAGCUCGUGGGUGCAGAGGACGCAGGAGGCUCUGCGUCCGCUGCUAAGCGUGGCCCUGCAGCUGUUCCUGGGCCGCCGGGGCCUCCCGCUGCCCUUCCGCGCGCCCAUCCGCACCGUCGUGGGGUCGGCGAUUCCCGUGCAGCAGAGCCCCCCGCCCAGUCCGGCCCAGGUGGACACGCUGCAAGCGCGCUACGUGGGGCGACUCACGCAGCUCUUCGAGGAGCACCAGGCGCGCUAUGGUGUCCCCGCCGACAGACACCUGGUCCUCACGGAGGCGCGCCCCACCGCCUGGCCUCGCCUGUCCGCUGGGUGACUGCAGGUGGGGAAGUGAAAUUAAAGACUGGCGGCCGGGCACGGUGGCUCACGCCUGUGAUUCCAGCACUUUGGGAGGCCGAGGCGGGUG